GCCCUAAGUGGAGCUUCGGGCGACUGGAGAAACGCCAACGUUAUGCCAUCGUCUAUAUCAAUACUCGCAGCUUGUAGAUCGCCUUCCUGCCAUUCCUGUUCCGCCUGCAUCCUCCGCUGUCUCUCAACGGCAAACUAUGCAUCCCCCUGCGCAGACUGCACCUUUUUCAUCAGUCGCUCCCGUGUUUAACUCGCAAGGCAGAGUAACAUACAAGGCUUCGCGCACUUCCUCAUUUGAUUUGCCACGGUCUGCUUAUGAAGGGGGUCCUGGACAAUAUAGCAGUCAGCCAGCUACUUCUAAUCAAUACCAGCAUCCAUCUUCAUCUCACCAACAAUACCCUUCAUCAUCACAGCCUCAGUCGCAGUAUGGAACACCACCGUCCAACACAUACCCUACACCCAUGCCAUAUUCACAAUCACAGUCUAGGUAUGAACACCCACCCCAGCAGUCGCAGCAACAUGCUAGCCCAAAUGGUGAUUCGUACUAUGAGUUAUCUCCAGCUGCCUCGUUUGGACCCUCUGACAACCAUGGACAACCAUCCUGCUAUCCCUCCAGUCAGUCCUCCGCUCAUCCUCCAUCAUGGAACACCCCUACCCCUACCCCUCCCGCUAAUCCACAACUCAUCAUCCGCACCAUCUCAUGCCCAAUCAUACGAGUUCGACCAUCAACAGCCCUACCCGAACUCCAGCGCAAGCGACUACUACCAACCAUCCAAUUCAAUUCACUCCCAGGCCCACCCCCCUCGCGUCACCUCUCCAGCUCCCUCUCGAUACGUGGAACAACUCAGCUAGCGAGCACGGGCUCAUUCAACUCGCACCGCUCCGCCAGCACGCAACUUCUUCCUCCUUGUCCUCAUCUGACGCCUCGUCGCCAGUGGCUGGGAACACGAACACACCAGGCAGGGGCGGAGGGGCGUAUCCGCUGAUCCAGCUGUUGUAUUUGUUAGAUGGAACGAUCUAGUUGGGGAUCGUCCCGCAGACUUCUCGAACAGCAUAUAGGGUCCUUGCACGUCUCAAAUAGCAGACGUGUACGCCUAUUUAUAAUUUUAUACUCGUGGUUACCAAUUGCAUAUCUGAUCAUCAAGCCAAGUCACAGAAUAAAAUAGUCCGGUGGAAAUUUGAAUUUCCGAAUUCGAAGAGAUUUAGAGAGAACCUUUAAACACAA